UUCCGGCAAUUUGUCAUUCAAUACUGCUGUCAAACUUGUCGCUCCUUUCUCGCUCUUUUUCCGGGCAUCUUUGAUGUAGAAGUGAACACAUUUCAUUGUGAACGAAAAAUAAUUUCGCUAUGGUUUUCGGAUCAAAAGUGAUCAAGGCCGGUGGCGCCGAGCCGGAUGCGUUUGAGAAUCAAAUCGGUCAGGCUAUUCUUGAAUUGGAGAUGAACUCGGACUUGAAACCCCAGCUACGUGAUUUGCACAUCACUCGUGCUCGUGAAAUUGAGUUCAACAACAAAAAGGCUAUUGUUAUCUACGUUCCAGUACCAAAACUGAAAGCCUUUCAGAAGGUACAGAUCCGACUGGUUCGUGAGCUGGAAAAGAAAUUCUCUGGCAAGCAUGUUGUGUUCAUUGGAGAGCGUCGUAUUUUGCCCAAGCCACAGCGGGGUCGUCGCGAUCCAAACAAGCAGAAGCGUCCACGAUCGCGAACACUAACUGCGGUAUACGACGCUAUCCUAGAAGAUUUGGUCUUCCCGGCUGAGGUGGUCGGGAAACGGAUUCGUGUGAAACUGGAUGGUUCCCAACUGAUCAAGGUGCACCUCGACAAGAAUCAACAAACGACUAUCGAGCACAAGGUCGACACCUUCACGCCCGUGUACAAAAAGCUGACCGGUCGUGACGUCACAUUCGAAUUUCCGGAACCCUAUCUAUAAACUAUUGCUAUGGUGAUUUUACAUGAGAGUGUCGCGGGCUACGAUGUUGGAAGCAUAAAACGUGAAAUGUGUUAAUCAUCGUUCAUUGCAAAUAAAAACUCAGAUGAAGGCCGAGAUCGUAGGUGUAUAAAAAUGAAA